AUGGCCGUGCCAGGUAUAUUUGUACUAAAUUUACUCACAGACAUUGCAAAAGAGGAAAUAAAUGCCGAUUUAUGCGUCACCAUUUCGGAGUCUUCGCGAGGCGCCAUGAAAGUUGGUGCAACUACUUUGGUCUCAUCGCUAGUUCUUGGUCCUGUUGGCUUCAUAGUUGGCUCAGUCGGUGGUGGGAUAUGGGCCUAUGCUACAAGCUCGGAUUUUAAGCCGUUGCACGGCGUACUUUGCGAUAUGACAGAAGAGGAAAAAGAUAAAGUUGUAGCCUUGGCAAGAAAUGUUGCAAUCGAGAGAGGAAUGGAGUUGUCCUUGGCUGGUUUGGUCACAAGUUCGCCUGAGGCAAGGAGCUUUCUCCUCGAGGUCAUGAGACGUUUUGGUAUGGCUAUAAAGAACGGUUAA